AUGAGGCCGUGCCAUGCCGUGCUGUCGGCGGCAUGUCCCCUGCCUGCUGUGUGGUGGUGCUGUGCUGUAUGUGUCUCUCUGUCUACUUGUCAAUCUGUCAAUCUGUCUCUGUCUCUGUCACACAUGAUCUCCUGUCUCUCUGUCGACCCAUUCGUUCUCAUCUCGAUGGCGAAACGGCAGCAGCAGCAGCAGCAGCAGCAGCAGCAGCGGAAGGAGCAGGUCCCCGUCGACCUCGGCAAAGGGUCACACCAUAGACGCGGCAAUCCUGCACCUCAUGACCACACCAUCCAUGCGUGUGGCUACGAACUGCGCGUCUUCUCUGUGGCCGGCGUGGCUACAACAGUUCGAGUGACCCAACCAGAGCGCAAGUUCUCACUGCUCUUUGAUCUCGGAAUUUUGCCCCUCUGGGCUACCAACAUCCAACACGUGUUCAUCUCCCAUUGCCACACGGAUCAUGUGGGCAGCUUGAUCAGUCAUUGCCGCGCCUCCAGCUUGGGUGGCAAAGCGCCAACCUACUACGUCCCUGCCCAUGCUACUGAGCUGCUGCAGGACCUCAAGGAGGGCUUUGAUACUCUGGAUGGCAAAAGCGGAGAUGACUCUCCACCCCCGCUCAAGAUUGUGCCCGUGCAGCCCGGUCAAGCCAUCAUGGUCAAGGGCUUCAAGAUCCUACCUUUUGCCACGCACCAUCGCGUCCCCUCUUUGGGCUACCUGGUUUACCGCCAAGUUCCUCCGACUGUGCCUAUGGAAUACCGACACCUUGCCCCGCGCGCUAUUGCCGAGCUCCGACAACAAGGCGCUUUUGGUGAGCCACAGUGGAUUCCAGACCUGUGCUACAUGGGUGAUUGCAUCAUAGACAGUCUCGCCGUCGAGCCUGACAUUGCACGGGCACGGCUUCUUCUGUGCGAGGCAACCUAUCUCAGCCCUGAACUCUGUUCAUAUCUCGAGACGGCGCAACAUGAACGCGUCGUGCUGAUGCAUUUCAGUCGACGGUCAGUGCCCAGGCGACAGGCGCCAUUUUGGUGUCUCUGCAACCCACCCGUCCUCAAGCCUGCUGUAGCCCUGGAAGCUCACUUCAUUCUUCCCCUGACAGGCAUGGAUUCGACUCGAUUAUUCGACUUCUACUCAGCCAAUUACCCCCAAAGUGGCUCUCGUCAGCGACAAGACAUGGCACCUUACUUGCAAGGCAUGACGCCUCAUCGGCCGAGCUGUCUGAUUGCUCCGGGUAGCAACAGCAAGGAAACCUGUGUCACAUUUGCCGCCAGUCGCAGCCUUGCUUCACCCAUCGUACAGGCACUGGUUGAUUUGGCAAGCGCGUGGCCCAUUCUCGACCAAAACAACCUGCGUGGCGGAACCGUUCUAGACCUGACCCUGUCUGCCAAGCUGGAGGACGUCGUGACCACUUUUGAAUCCCUUCUCCAGCCUGCCCGACGCCAGUCUCAAGCAGCCUCACAGACGGAAUCAGCAACAGAAAUGGCAGCGCGGGGCAAAGCAAGUUGGCGUCCCUUGGGGUUCGUGUGUGCGUUGUUCCUUCUGAUCCUGGGCACGACUCGAGCAUGCAUAUGUGAUGUGAGCGACUACGGAGCACGGGAUGACAACAAGAGCAUCAGCACCCAUGCUAUUCAAACAGCCAUUGAGGCGUGCAGUCGCUGCCCAGAAGGGGGCCAUGUGCUGUUGCGUCCCCUUGACAAGGGCAUCUACCUUACAGGCAGCCUGUUCCUCAAAUCCAACAUCAUAUUUGAAGUGACGGCGGGCGUCCGCCUCCUUGGGACUGCCAACAAAAGCACUGUGCACUGGCCCCAGAUUUACCGUCGCAAUGCAGGCGUGCUGGAACUGUCGCGGGCCGCCCUGCUCAAUGCUGGCACCUGCUUGACGUUUCACAGCACCAACCAAACUGGCGAUCAGUGCGCCGAGUGGUCGCGCUACAGCAACAUCACCAUCACGGGUGCAGGCACUAUUGACGGCAAUGGCUUUUCUGGGUGGUAUCUCCCGCCCUACCUCAACGGCUCCUUCACAAAUCGACCCAUGCUCAUAGCCCCCAUGUGGGUGGAUGGCCUCUACCUCUCCGAUCUCACAUUGACGGACCCAGCGUUCUGGACCGUGGCACCAGCCUUUUGCAAGAACGUUCACAUCCAUGACUUGCGUAUCAUUACCUCGGGACCCAACACUGAUGGCGUGGAUCCCGACUCGUGCCAGAAUGUGCUUGUGGAGCGAUGCUACAUCUCCACCGGUGAUGACUGCAUUGCCAUCAAAUCUGGUCGCGGCCCUCAGGCUCUAGCCAUCAACAUGCCAACGGCCAACGUCACCAUUCGUCAUGUGCCUCAACGUGUUGGCCGAGACUAUGACGCCACUGCAAUUGGCUCAUAUGCCUUGUGCCGUGGCCAAAUUCGUACGGAUUGCACCACAGGUCACGGCAUCUCCAUCGGCUCGGAAAUGUCCGGCGGCAUUUAUGAUGUGCUCUUUGAUAAUCUGACGCUUUCAGGCACCACCAAUGGCGUGCGCGUCAAAACUUGCAUGGGUCGCGGUGGCUCCGUGCGCAAUGUGACCUAUCGCAAUAUGGUUAUCGACUCGGUUGACACUGCUGUUCUGAUCAACCAAGACUACAACUCGGUCACCUGCGUUGGUGAUGCAUUGCCCAACUUCAGCGAUAUUCUUGUUCAGAACGUCAUUGCCAACAAUGUCAAGAUGGCGUUUGAGCUUGAAUGCCUGCAGGACAAUAGCUGUGCCGGCCUACGAUUUGAGAACGUGACCGUCACCGCAUUUCAGAACGCCAGCAAGUGCGCGCAUGUUCAGCCUGAGAUUGGACCCAAUGUCUCGCCCGUGCCUUGCACCACGGCUUGA